CAGUCGCCGGGGACCCGGAGCCCGAGCCGCGGCGGGAAGCAGCCGCCGCCCCGGCAGCCCGGGGAGAGGCGAGGCGGGGCGGGACCCGGAGCGACAGGAAGGGGAGGCCCGGCCCGCCGGAGCCGCAUCGAGCCAGCAGGGCCGCUGCGGCCGCGCACCGAGCACCGCGAUGGGGCUGGAGACGGAGAAGGCGGACGUGCAGCUCUUCCUGGACGACGACUCCUACAGCCACCAUAGCGGCGUCGACUACGGAGACCCGGAGAAGUUCGUUGACUCGGGCCAGAACCGGGAUCCCCACCGGCUCAACUCACAUCUCAAGGUGGGCUUCGAGGACGUGAUCGCAGAGCCGGUGACCACGCACUCCUUUGACAAAGUGUGGAUCUGCAGCCAUGCGCUCUUUGAAAUCAGCAAAUACGUGCUGUACAAGUUCCUGACCGUGUUGCUGGCCAUCCCCCUGGCCUUCGUCGCGGGAAUUCUCUUUGCCACUCUCAGCUGCCUGCACAUCUGGAUUAUAAUGCCUUUUGUAAAGACCUGCCUAAUGGUUCUGCCUUCGGUGCAGACAAUAUGGAAGAGUGUGACAGAUGUUAUCAUUGCCCCAUUGUGUACAAGUGUGGGACGAAGCUUCUCAUCUAUCAGCCUGCAACUGAGCCAAGACUGAACACUUGGACCCCAGGUCUAGAGAUUUGGACACUGCAAUACUUCUUUGUUAUUGUAAAAUAAAAGCACUACUGUUCUGUUCAUUUUCCAACUGCUCUAAUUAAGAAAACUAUUAAGAUGGGUAACCACAUUUAGAAAUGUUUAUUGGCAGAUCUUUUCAAAUAAGGCUUUUCUAAUUAAUAGACAAGGAUUUCAUAUAUAACUCCAUAACCUUAAUUAUAUGGGAGGUUGACAACACUUAAUUUGAAAGGCAGACAGUUAUUGCUUUGACAUAAAAGCACACAGUUUAUAAUAAUAAAUUUAUAGUGAUCCUGGGUCCUUGCUCUCAAAACACUACAAUAGUUUUGUGCACAACUGCUCAUAAAAAUAUGAGAUUUCUUAUUUUUUUAAACUCUGGAAGUAAUAAUUUUUAAAUUACCUUUACAAAUGCAGAUAUAAGUAUCUUUAGAGAUAGGAUAUACAAAGAUCCUAGAAAUUGCAGUAACAAAAGCACACAGUGAUAAUGGUAACUGUCAAAUAUAAAACAACAAAUAAAUGUGAGAUAGAUUCAUGAAAAUGUGUUCCUUUAGGGUAUUGUUAACCUAUGGGCCUAUUUAACAAGAAGUUUAAUUUAACUGUAUAUUUUGUACUUAAUGUAAAUGUUGCUCUAAUCAGAUAAAAGCGUUUUUAUUAUAUUUGUUAUCUUACUGAACUAAUAUAUAGAAUGAAUAAAUACAGCUCCCACAAGGUAAAUUCAUUGGUAAGACUGCACUGUCUUGAUUAUGAAAGCAUGUAUAUUUCUUCUUUGGAAAUAGAACAUAAAAGAGUAAUACACAAAGAUUUCCUUUCUAACUUUCUCAGGCAAAUUCUGAAAUGUUUUAUAACUGAUGUUUAUCUGGCUGCAAUCUUAAAAUAAUUCGUACCUGAUUAGUAUUUCUUCCAGGAGAUGCUUUCUCUCUUGUAGUUAGAAAUUAAAUCUGUAUUCUGCUUUUCUAUUAUUUCAUUUUAUUUUCAAGUAACAUUGGUGCUAUUUAAUAACAAUAAAGGCUUUUUUGGACACCUAACUACAAUUUCAA